AUGUUAUCCUUAGUCAAUACAAAAAUAUCUUCAUUACGGGGAGGUGGUUGUGGAUCUUUUAGAAUGAAUCCAAGAACAUAUGAAAACUUACAGUCAGAUAUUUAAGAUAUAGACAAUUUCAUUACCAAAUUUAGUUCUUUUGUUGAAAUAAUUUGUGCUAAAGCUGACGUUGCAAUCAAUUCAAUAGAAUCUUAAGAAAUAAUGAUAGCCAUAUAAUGGUUUAUUUUUUAAGAGGAAAACAUAUACAAACUCAAUAAGAAUCCCUAAAAUAUCAUGAAAUCAUACAACCUGAUUGUAGAGGGUAUCCGAAAAUUAUUGAAAAGUUGUUAAAUCUAUAUUAGAACAGACUAGUUUAAAUGUUUGUAUAUCUUAUAGAUUACAGCAUCUCUAUCCAAAGUGAUCUUUAGUUUUCAUGUAAUGAAUAGCGAUAGAAUUAUGAAUUUUGAUUUAUAAAAGGAAUUUUUAGACAUUUCUGAUGACUUAAAAUAAUAUAUAGAAAUAGAGAAGAAUGAUUUGAUUUAAAUUUAAAUGGAAGUUUAUCUUUUCUUAACAAAAACUUCUUUCGAAAUAGUUCCAAAUAAUAGUAAAGAAAGGUAAGAUAUUGUAAAAGGAUUUGUAAGUGGUAUAUUUGAUUCGUUAAUACAAAUGAAACCUAAUGCAGAAUUACUUAAAUUUUUAUUUAAGGUAGUCCACUAAAUGCACAACAUUUAUAAAAUUAAAAACAAUCGAAAACAAUAUGAAGUGUAUUUUUAAAUAGACAUGUUAUAAUGGGAAAUUAUAGAUUUUUUUAGAAAUGAAAAAUAACUAAUACUAAAUGAAAUAAUUUUACAAAUUUAGUUAAUAUAUGAUGAUCUGGUGAAAAAUUCAAAAAAUUGGAUAAAUCAUUUUUUGUGGAUUUAAAUGAUUGGGAAAAUCUUAAUAUUUAAUCCUCUUUUAACAAAACAAAGAUUAAAUUAGUUAAUGAACUCUAAUGAUUUUGGAGUCAAUUCAAAGUAAAUGUGGAAGGAAUAUCAGAAGAAAGGAUUACUUAUUAAAAUGGACCAUACAAAUGACUAAGCUGUCAUUUUACUUAGUUAAGUUUAAAAGAAUAAACUGAUAGAACUUGAUAGAUAAGUGUUAGAAGAAAGUUUCAAAGGAUGGGAAGACUUUCUUAUAUUUAAACAAUAUUUCAUUGGUGAAUUAAAUGAAGGUACACCAUUUACAAUUAGUUCCUAUUUAAAAUGUAAAUUAGAUUUGUUUAGAAAAGAUUCGUAAAAAAAUGAAAAAAUUUUGACUAUUGAGAAAAUGAAAAUGCUUUUAAGUUUCAUUAUUCCAACUAAAUUAAUUAAUUUAAUUAAAUAAAAUAAUGAAAAUUUGGGGGAGGUGAUUAAAGUUUAGAAAUAAUUUAGGGAAAAUGAUUAAGUUAAUAAAAGACUAUUAUAAAGCACUGUUGAUUCUUCAUUAAAAAAGAUCAUUUGCAACUUAUAUGAAUAUUUGCAAAACACAUAAAAAAUUUUCAAAAUUGUUAAGCUUAAUUAGAAUAACAAUUACUGUCAGACUGAAUAAUUAAAAUAGGCAAACAAAUUUGAAUUUAAUAUUUUAUUUUAACUUAAAUAUUUGAUGAAACUAUUAGAAGAAAUAUUAUAAUAAGCAAUUUAAGAAAUAAAAAAUAAAAGAAAACAAUUCCGCAAGCAAGAUGGUAUAAAUGAUGAAAUAAUAAUACUUUAGUAAUAGAAAGAGUUGAUUUAAGAGCAAUUAAAAAAUCUAAAUCUCAAAGAUAACCAGUUUUCAUUUGUCAAUAAGUUAUAGUAGUAAAUUCUUGAUUUGCUAAUUACAACUCUUGAUUAAAAGAGCUUUUUGAAAAAAGCUGAAAGAAUUUUAAGACUUAUUAAAGAUUCUAAAAAUUAAAUCUUAAGGCUAGAAAUUAUGUCAUUUAAAAAGUGUAAAUUUAUUGAAUGUUUUCAGAAUUUAUUGAAUCAUCUAUAUUUUGAAUAAGAUCACAUGGUUGAAAAAAUUCAAAAAGAUGUUAAUGAAUCUAUUUUAAGUUUUAAGGCAAUUUUAAUUUCAUAGUAUGAAUUAGAGUCUAUUUACGAAUUUGUGGAAAUUUAAUAAAAAAUUUCGAAUAUGCUAUCAUUUUAAUUUGUAUACAAAUUAAGAUUGAAUAAUUUAAAACUUCAAUUCCAGCUAAAUGCUUUGAAGGAGUCCUUUUAAAAUAUAAUUCUAGCCUAAUUGGAAGAAUUUUAAUAGUUGUAAAAAGUCAUCGAUUUGGAUGAGUUUCUUGUUAAUGUAAUUAACAAUUAUCCAAAAAAAAAAAUAUUUUGCUGUCGUGACAAUUUUUACAAAGAAAUUAUUGCUGAAUUAACAAGCAUGUAAAUUACUGAGCAAGACUAUUAAAAUAAGUUGUCAAAAUAAAAAGGAAUAUUAGAAUACUUAAUAUUGGUAUUAAGUUUAGAAGAAUAAUUGAUUGAUUUAGAAAAAAUAGAUUUAGAAUUAAUUGAUAAGGAAUUUUUUAAGGAAGAAUCUUGUUCUUCCUCUUUAACAAAUAGAAUUAUGACAAUAAUAGAAAAUGCUUCAAUUGAAAAUUCAAUAAAAAUUGUAACUAAUAAGCAAUUUAAUAGAUCAGAAUUGAAUUUUGAGAUAGAAAAAUAUUAGCGUAUGUGGAAAUAAUUAAAAAUUGUUGAGAAAAAUUACAGUUUUAAUAAUAUAGAAAAUGUCAAAUAAGUAAUCAAUCAUAUUGAGAAGGUUGUUGAGCUAUUAAAAAAUUCUUAAGAUUAAAAUUUAGAAAUAUUAAAAAUACCAAUUAGGGAAUUGUUGGUGGAGUUAAAAAAUAAAAAAAUAGAAUUUCAAAAAAUAAUAUAGAAUGACCAUCAAUAAAAAUAAAAUAAAAAUGAUGAAAUUUUUACUACUGAUAACAAUCUUAAUCAAGAAAAUAAAUUUGAUUAUUUCAAGACUAAAGGCAAUCAAGAACAUUUAAAAGAUUUAUAAACCAGCAUCAUUAUUCUGAAAUUAUCAUCAUCAAAAAUAAAAAAAGAAAAGCAGUUAUUUUGCUAAAUACUUGAAGAAACUAAACAAUUCUCAGAUAAACUUCAUCUCAUUCAAAAAUAUAAUGAAAAUAUAUAAUCAAGAACAUAUAGGAAAUUUAAUAGUCAUUUCUAAAAUCAAAUUCAAAUUUUUGAAUAAUUGCAAUGGACAACAGCUAAUUUAUAAAAAAAUGAAAAAGAGUCAUUUAAAGAUUACUUUAAUAGAAUAGAAACCGAUAUAUAUUUAGUAAAAAAUGAAAAAGAUGAUAGCUAUAUAUAAUAAAAAACAAAUGUUUGCGAUUUUCUCAAUUUUUUUUAGGGAGAAAUAAAAUAAAAAUUAGUCUAGUCUAAAUGUGUGAUCUCAAAAAUUUAGUUUGAUUAAGAAUAUCUGAUCAAAUAAAUUAAAAAAAUAUAUCUCUCUGAAGAUGAGGAAGAAGAGUAAGAAGAUAAAGAUGAUGUAGAAUCAAAUCAACAAGGAUUAUUUUAGUUUUUGAAUCAAAAGUAUAAAGAUUAUAAAAACAAUGACGAAUGGAAAAUUAAAUAGGGNUGGUAUAAAUGAUGAAAUAAUAAUACUUUAGUAAUAGAAAGAGUUGA